AUGGUUAAAAUAUGUGGAGAAGGUAUUUGGGUUCAGUUUGACGAAACUGCUAUCUGCAAUAGAAAGCUAAUACCCGACCCAUAUAGUACUCUAGACAUAAAAUCUAAUGCACAAUGGUUAGCAGAGGAUGUUGAAGAGGGAAGUUAUAGGAACUUUGUUCUAAAGCUUGUUUCCAGCAGUAAAGUUCCGACUACAUUAGACAUGUUCGAUGAACAUGUUGUACCCAGAUCUAUCAUUGUUAUUGAUGGUUAUCCAUCUUGCCCCGGCGUCAUUGCUAAAUUUGGAUCUUGCCAUAAAAUGAAAUAA